AUGUCCAUCCUCACAAUCUUGUUUCUCCUUCUCAUUUCCACAGCAUCAGAAGCUCAAAGAAGAUCCUCCAACAUCAGCUUAGGCUCUUCCCUCACACUCACCUCCAACUCCACAUGGCCUUCCCCCUCCGGCGUCUACGCCUUCGGAUUCUUCCCCCAACAAGUCAACAACUACGCUGUUGGCAUCUUUCUUCCCGACAAAACCGUCGUCUGGACAGCGAAUAGGGACACCAAUCCAACCGUCCCCAACGACACAGUCUCCCUUCUAUUAUCUCCCGAGGGCGGGCUAGUCCUCCGCCGGAGACAAGGCCAAGACAUAAACGUCAUCAGCCUAUCCACAACCAUCGCCUUGGCAUCAAUGCAUGACAACGGCAACUUUGUUCUCUAUGAUUCCGAUUCAAGAAUCAUCUGGCAAAGCUUCGACAACCCGACCAGCAACCUCCUCCCCAGCCAGCGCAUCUCUAAUGGGCAAGAGAUCUUCUCCAGCGCCUCCGAGACCGACUACGGAAGAGGUAAUUUCAGGCUGAAGAUGCAGACCGAUGGAUACCUCGUGCAGUAUCCUAUCAACACACCGGACAUAGAUCCAUACGCUUACUAUGUUCAAAAGCCAGACGGAGCAGUUAACGUCUCUCUCAACCUCGACAGCGACGGCCGCCUUUAUCAGCUCAACGGUAGCUUGCCUCUACGGAAUAUAUCCAAUGGUCGACUCCCUACGGAAGGAUACAUCAAUUUCAUGAGGCUCGACGUCGGAGGAAUCUUCCGCAUCUACUCUCUGUCUCUCGGUGAUCUCAACUUGACCAGGAGAUGGUCCUAUACGGAGGACGAGUGUGUUCCUAAAGGUAUCUGUGGAAUCAACGCCUUCUGCAUUCUGUUGGAUAAUAAGCCAGAUUGUCAAUGUCUUCCCGGUUUCUUCUUUGCUAAGUCCGGAAACCACAAAGCCGGCUGUUCGAGAAACUUCUCGGCGCAGGGCUGUUCCAAAACAGACAAUAGACUGAACUGCCAAAAGCAGAAGCUUCCGUUAAGAUUCGGGAGAAGGUCUCUACAAGACUCAAACAUGGCUCUCAUUCGCUUUGGUAAAAACAUGGUACCCGACAUUGGAGGCGAUUCCGACAGUAAAACAAUCAUCAAGAAAGAGCAGCGUAUGGACAUCCUCGUCAUCGGAAUUGUUCUCAUGUCUAUAGGCAUCUUGGCGUUGUCAAUUUCUGUGAUCUUUGUUCGCCAGAAAGAGAAGAAAUACUACAAGAUCGGUAAGGAAAAUGGAGAUAACUUUGUCGAGGGCCUUUCGCUGCAAGUGUUCACAUUUGAGCAUCUGUCCGAAGCAACAAACGGCUUCAAGGAAGAGCUGGGGAGAGGAUCAUCUGGCACAGUUUUCAAAGGUGUUAUGCAGCAGAAAAUGGUGGCAGUUAAGAGGUUGGAGAAAGAAUUCACACAAGGAGAGAUGGAGUUCCAGACUGAGUUGAAGACGAUUGGGAAGAUGUAUCACCGGAACCUAGUCCGGCUCCUAGGUUACUGCUUUGAUGGAGACAACAAACUGUUGGUGUUUGAGUACAUGAGCAACGGAUCCCUGGCGGACAUACUUUUCAAUCAAGAGAAUCGUCUGAGCUGGGAGGAAAGGAUUGAGAUAGCUCGAGAUAUAUCGAGGGGGAUAUUGUAUCUGCACCAUGAGUGUGAGACGCAGAUCAUUCACUGCGAUAUAAAGCCUCAGAACAUACUCAUGGACAACAAAUGGUGUGCUAAGAUAUCGGACUUUGGGCUGGCGAAGCUCCUAAAGCAAGAUCAGACUAAUACGUAUACUGAGAUAAGAGGGACUAAGGGCUAUGUAGCACCAGAGUGGUACCAAAAGCAGGCUAUCACGGUGAAAGCAGAUGUUUAUAGCUUCGGAGUGAUGCUCCUGGAGAUCAUAUGCUGUAGGAAGUGCGUUGAUUGGAGCAUGAGCGAGGAAGAGGCGAUUCUUGAGGAAUGGGUUUACGACUGUUAUGUAACGGGUAAAAUUGGGAAUCUGGUGGGGGAUGAGAUGGUGGAGGAGAGGAAAAUGGAGAGGAUGGUGAAGAUAGGGAUAUGGUGUGUGCAAUAUGAUCCGUCGCUGCGUCCAACUAUGAAGAAAGUUCUGCUAAUGUUGGAGGGAACUGUCGAGAUUCCGAUACCUCCAUGUCCGAGUUCUUUCUUAAGUUCUAUCUAGUUUCAAGCGUACACGGUAU